GCACCAGUCGUCCUCGGAUCCCUUUGCUGCUCGGAGUUAGAGUUGUUGGCUGGACCUCCUGCAACCUCUGCUUGCGAUGAUAGCGUUCUCUUUGCUCUGGACUAUUCGGCCUCUGCAGCGAUGUGGUCAGCUGGUCAGGUUGGCUGCCCGUGCUCAGCACAGCAAGGUGGUCCAGAAUCAAAGUGGGGAAGCAGCUGGAGGCUGGACAGGCCAGGAGAGCCUGUCGGACAGUGACCCAGAGAUGUGGGAGCUGCUGCAGAGAGAAAAGGACCGGCAGUGUCGUGGCCUGGAACUCAUCGCCUCAGAGAACUUCUGCAGCCGAGCUGCGCUGGAGGCCCUGGGGUCCUGUCUGAACAACAAGUACUCGGAGGGUUACCCUGGCAAGAGAUAUUACGGGGGAGCAGAGGUAGUGGAUGAAAUUGAGCUACUGUGCCAGCGCCGGGCCUUGGAAGCCUUUGACCUGGAUCCUGCACAAUGGGGUGUCAAUGUCCAGCCCUACUCGGGGUCCCCAGCCAACCUGGCUGCCUACACAGCACUUCUGCAACCUCAUGACCGAAUCAUGGGGCUAGACCUGCCCGACGGGGGCCAUCUCACCCAUGGCUACAUGUCUGAUGUCAAACGGAUCUCGGCCACAUCCAUUUUCUUCGAAUCUAUGCCCUAUAAGAUUAAUCCCCAAACAGGCCUCAUUGACUAUGACCAGCUGGCACUGACUGCUCGGCUCUUCCGGCCACGGCUCAUUAUAGCUGGCACUAGUGCGUAUGCUCGCCUCAUUGACUAUGCCCGCAUGAGAGAGGUGUGUGAUGAGGUCAAGGCGUACCUGCUGGCAGACAUGGCCCAUAUCAGUGGCUUGGUGGCCGCCAAGGUGAUCCCUUCACCUUUCAAGCAUGCGGACAUUGUCACCACCACCACUCACAAGACUCUUCGCGGGGCCAGGUCGGGACUCAUCUUUUAUCGGAAAGGAGUACGGACUGUGGACCCCAAGACUGGCCGGGAGAUCCCUUACACAUUUGAGGACCGGAUCAACUUUGCUGUGUUCCCAUCCCUGCAGGGGGGCCCCCACAACCAUGCCAUUGCUGCAGUAGCCGUGGCCCUCAAGCAGGCCUGCACCCCCAUGUUCCGGGAGUAUUCCUUGCAGGUAUUGAAGAAUGCACAGGCCAUGGCUGAUGCCCUGCUAAAGCGAGGUUACUCACUCGUUUCUGGUGGCACCGACAACCACCUGGUGCUGGUGGACCUGCGGCCCAAGGGCCUGGACGGGGCGCGAGCUGAGCGGGUCCUGGAGCUCGUGUCCAUCACCGCCAACAAGAACACGUGUCCUGGAGACCGGAGCGCCCUCACCCCGGGAGGCCUGAGACUUGGGGCCCCAGCAUUGACUUCUCGACAGUUCCGCGAAGAUGACUUCCGGAGAGUUGUGGACUUUAUCGAUGAAGGAGUCAACAUUGGCUUGGAGGUGAAGAGCAAGACUGCCAAGCUCCAGGAUUUCAAAUCUUUCCUGCUUAAGGACCCAGAAACAAGUCAACGGCUGGCCAACCUCAGGCAACGGGUGGAGCAGUUUGCCAGAGCCUUCCCCAUGCCUGGAUUUGAUGAGCACUGAUAGCACUUUGGGAUCCGAUCCAAACUGGAUCCCCUUUCUCCUUCCUACCUACCUCGGCCAGCUAAGGGAUGGGGUGGUGGAGGGGGAAAGACCUCCUGCUUUGGGCAAGAGCGGCUAUAAUUCCUCUUCCUGAGUUUGUAGCUGAGAUUUCUAUUUUGUAACUAGAAGGAGCCCCACCACACCCCAGCUUUCUUUCCUUGUUUUAUUUUUUUCAAGGUAGGCUCUCACUCUAGCCCAGGCUGACCUGGAACUCACUCUGUAGCCCCAGGCUGGCUUCCCAACUCAGUGAUCCUCCUACCUCAGCUUCUUGAGUGCUGGGAUUUCAGACAGGUGCCACCACGCCCGGCUGUUAGGUUUUAUUUUUGACACCGGGCCUAAUGUAGCCCUGGUUGGCUUUGAAUUUCCUCUGUAGCCGAGGCUGGCCUUAAAUUAAUCCUCCUGCCUCAGCCUCCCAAAUCCUAGGGUUACGAGUGGUGAACCACCACUCCUGGUUUCACCCCCAGUUUUCCGCCCCAACCAUAUGCCAUUAUCUCAGUGUUAGAGACUCUCUUGCUCUUUCUUGGGGAGGGGGAGUUGCCCUGCUGAGCCAGAAGAAGGGGUGGGUAAGCAUCCUCCUUCCUGUUUUUAUCUAAUAAAAUGCUAACCUGC